AGCAGCUGCAAAGGUACAAACGUAACUGCUCUAAAGUUUCAACUCUUGUCCUUUGCCUGCUAGAGAGAGAUUAUUUUGUCUUUUCUCUAUGCCAAUCCACAAGCCCUUUAUGUAGGAACAGUUCCCACCAAGCCUCAGGUACCCGAUUAUCAAACCCAGAAAACAAACCCAUAAUGGAGAGCUACCAUUGCCAUGCCCUCUUACCAAACCAGUGUGGUUCAAGCCUGGUCCAGACCAUAAAUGCACCGCUUCCUCUCGUUUGGUCAGUUCUUCGCCAGUUUGAUAAGCCUCAAGUCUACAAGCAGUUUAUAAGCAGCUGCAAGAUGUGCGCUGGAGAUGGAGGCAUAGGAAGCAUACGUGAAGUUGAAGUCCACACCGGCUUACCAGCCAAAACCAGCAUGGAGAGGCUCGACAGGCUUGACGAUGACAAGCAUGUCAUAAAUUUCAGCAUUGUUGGUGGAGAACACAAGCUAGUGAAUUACAGCUCUACUACGACAGUGAACGAAGAUAAGGAUAGAAAGACUCUUGUGAUUCAAUCUUAUGUGGUGGAUGUUCCUGCUGGGAGUAGUAAAGAGGAUACUUGCUUGUUUACUAAUACUAUCAUACAGUGCAACCUUAGGUCCCUGGCUAAAGUUACAGAAAGGAUGUCUGCUCUUGAUAAACUAGUUUGUAGAAUUGAAGGGUCUAUAAGAUAGUUAAGAGGUUAUGAAGGUUGUUCCAUAUUUUUCUGUGUAGCCAUUGUUUUAGCUAUGCUGUUGUAGCUUCUUUUUGUGGUUGUAAUAUGCGCUUGCAUUUUUAUUUUAUUUUUGGAAUAAAUCUCGCAGUCAUUUUAAUUACAAGAAAU